AUGCGCCACCUGGUGACGGAGCGCGGAGCCACUCGACUUAACGACGAGAAAGAAGAACCUAAACCUGAAGAUGAUCUCAAUAACCAUGAAGUAAUAUUUUUGAAGAGCAUAGUAGAAAGCCCGGAUUUUGGAAGAAGAUGUGAGUCUAUAGAAUCGGAGGAAGAUUUGGUGGUGAAGCCCGCGUCGCUUGGCAACGUUACCAUAAUAAAGUCGCUGAGCGAGUACCGAGGGAACAACAUUCGGACUAUCGAACAAGCGGAGCUCGCGAUUUUGUUGUCGCGGGUUCACUUUAGGGCACUAAUAGACGCUCAUGACCAAAUAGGUGCCAUUUGGCUUGAACGAGGUUCAGGCAUCGAUGAGAAAGCAGCUGUGAAGGACGAGGAGAGUAAAAACAUCGCUGAAGGUGCAGACAGUCCUGAGGAGAACGGAGACAUGCCAAUAGAAACCGUCAAAGUAGUUGGCCUUAGAAAAGUGCCUGGACAACCAUUAGGGUUAACUGUAACAACAGACGAACAUGGACAGUUAAUAGUAGCUAGGAUAUUAGCGGGUAGUGCUGCGGCCAAGCAGGCCCUGCUCUCAGUUGGAGAUGUCUUGCUCGAAGUAGACGGAGUGCAGAUAAACUCCGAAGACCAGCUCAAGGAGGCCGUAUCUAAGCCCAAUGAUAGAGUAUCACUCAAAGUUGGACCUAAUUUAAAGGAUAAGAAUAAUCAAUUAAGCAAUAAACUUACUUGCUAUAUGAGAGCAUUAUUUGACUAUGACCCUAAAGAAGAUACAUUAUUGCCAUGUAAGGAAAUAGGAUUAGAAUUUAAAAGAGGAGAUAUUUUACAAGUAUCAGAUAGAAAAGACCCCAACUGGUGGCAAGCAAGCCAUGUAGAAAACCCUGAAGUUGUUGGCUUAAUCCCAUCGCCAGAGCUUGAGGAGCGGCGUAAGGCGUAUGUGCCGCCCGAAGCCGACUUUGUGCACAAAAUCAGCAUUUGUGGAGCCAGGGCCUCGUCUCCACCCCAUAAACCACGAGGGCCAGCAGACCGCGUCAAAGCUGGCAUGGUGGAGACGAUAGAUCAAUCGCUGCGGCCCGCAUUUGUCACCGGACCACCGGCGCAGCGGGCCGUAUUUAUAGCCGCCCGCGCAGCCGUGGGCGGCACACCAGAUACAUUUAGCCUACGCUCGAAACAAUGA